GCGAAGCUUUGGACGUACGGCAAAGCAGACUGGCCACCCCGGUCUGUCGUGGGCACGGUGAUCGAAGCGGCCAAAGAGAUCCUCGAUGAGCGCUGGAGGGGGCUCAAGAUGCGGGCGGCCGUGGAGGAGAUGGUCGAGAAGAAUCCAAUUUUGGUCAACGAACUCAUAGCGACCAAGAACGGGCAGGCGGCGCCCAGGGAAAAUUUGACAUGCUUUGGAGAGGGCCGCACGAUGACGGACGCGCGGUGGUCUGGGAGUCUGCGGCACAAGAAGGAAGAUGCAAUCUGCGCAUAUGGCGAGCCUCUCGCAACCGCCGCGAUGAUGCGCACAAG